UUUAUUAUUUCAUUGUACGUCAAAAAGUAAAGUCAAAAGCGGAGCCAGGAAAUUUCUUCGGGUGAAAGAAGAGAAAAAUUAAAUAUUCCAAAAAAAAGUUAUCAAAAACAAACACCGGCUUUAAUUUUCCGGAAAAUUUACAUUACAAGUAGAACCUUUAAUUAAACAACAAAACUCCCAAAACAAAACAUGUCCAACGAUCACGAUAAUCAAAAUGAUGACAGCCAAAACUACGACGACAGUCAAUGUGAAGGCUCACAGGAAGAGGAGGAGAAUGGCUCACAAAAUGAAAAUGAUCAAGAUGAUGUAAAUGACGAGGAGAAUGAUGAGAAUGGUGAUGAUAAUGGCGAAGAUGGACCGAAAUAUGUACGCCUACGUGGUCUUCCGUGGUCGGCAACACACAAAGAAAUCUUAGAUUUUCUAAAGGAUGUCACUGUUGUUGGUGGAGCUGAGGGUAUACAUUUGAUAACAAGCCGAUGGGAUGGUAAAAACACCGGCGAGGCUUAUGUGGAAGUUGAGAGUCAGCAAGAUGUGAAUGCAGCAUUGAAAUUGAACAAUGCCUCGAUGGGUCAUCGUUACAUUGAAGUUUUCAAUGCCGAAGCCUCUGAGGCCAAGGAAGCCAUGCGUAAAACCACCAAUCAUGGCAAUUCCUAUGUUGUGAAACUAAGAGGACUUCCUUACUCUGUAACCGAACAACAAAUUGAAGAGUUUUUCAGCGGGUUGGAAAUCAAAGCGGAUCGGGAGGGCAUUGUAUUCGUUGUGGACAGACGGGGUCGUGCUACAGGGGAAGCAUUUGUUCAGUUUGAAAGCCAGGAUGAUACUGAACAAGCCUUGGGACGUAAUCGGGAAAAGAUUGGGCACAGGUACAUUGAGAUUUUCCGCAGCUCUAUUGCUGAACUGAAACGUUCCGUAAGCGGCAAUGGCCGUAUGGCUCCAUAUGAUUUAAAGGAUCGUGGCAGCAAUCGUGGUAACAACGAUUUUGGCGGAAACAAUCGUAAUCGUGGAGGUUGGGGUAAUGGUGGCGGCUUUGGAUCCGGCGCCAAUAAUACCCUCGGCUUUAAUAAUUUACCCAACUUUGGCAAUAAUGGAAAUUUCGGAAAUAAUGGCAACUUUGGCAAUUUCGGAAAUAAUGGAAACUUUGGUGGUGGCAAUGGAGGUGGUGGUGCUAAUGGUGGUGGCCGCAGUUUUGGCAAUUUCGGCAACAAUGGCAAUUUCGGCAAUAGCGGAAAUUUCGGUAAUAACGGAAACUUUGGCAACAGUGGUAAUUUUGGAAACAACGGCAAUUUCGGCAACAACUCCGGCGGCGGCGGUGGUGGUAGUGCUUUCAAUCGCUUUGGAGGAAGUAACGAUUUUGGCGAUUUUAAUAACUUUGGCAACAAUCGCGGAAAUGGCCCCAGCAACAAUGGUGGCAACUUUGGUAACUUCGGCAACUUUGGCAAUUUUGGAGGCGGUAACAAUGGCGGUGGUAAUGGAGGUUUUGGCGGUGGAUUCGGUGGCAACAAUAUGGGCGGUGGUGGCAACUUUGGUCCCAUUGGUGGCGGCCGCGGUGAUGAUCUGUAUGUGGUACAUAUGCGCGGUUUGCCAUUCAGUUCAUAUGAAAAUGACGUCUUUAAGUUCUUUGAGCCCUUGCGUCCAGCCAAUGUACGUAUCAUUUACAAUGAUAAGAAUCGCCACAGUGGCACAGCCGAGGCAUGCUUUGAAUCUUAUGAAGAUGCCCAGAGAGCAAUGAAACGUGAUCGCAAUCAAAUGGGUUCCCGCUAUAUUGAACUGUUCUUCAAUGGCAAGAAGAAUUCCGGUGGUGGUGUCGGUGGCGGCAGUGGCAUGGGUGGAGUUAACAGCUUUGGUGGACCUCCAAUUGGCAAUAACUACAGCUCGGGUGGCAGCAUUGGUGUUGGUGGUGGCAGUAACAAUUCCUUCCAAAGACGCAUCUAAAGAGAAAAGCAUCUUAAUUUAUAACUUCAAAGUAAAACCAAUCGCCACCACUUCCCCCACCCUACACUGAGACCGACCGCACAAGAGGUGGGGUGGCCUAAAUUACAUGAUUUGAGUGUGGCCAUAGAUCUUAACUUUUAAUAAGAUUUCUUUAGAUUUUCCCCCCUCUCUUUUUCUAUAAGUAACUAAGUCCCCUCCUCUUUACUUUUGUCUCUUCAUAUGAAUACCUGUAUUUCGGUACGCCCCCUGCCUGCCUACUAUACAGUGGUAUAACUUUGAUCUAAUUUCCUUAUUUAAAUUUUAAUUUAAGCUUAGUUUGUUUUGACUAUAAUGAUGAAAUUAGCUUCCUUUUUUAACCAAGUUUUUGUUUUUAUGAAAGCGAUGAAUGAUGAAAGCAAGAACGGAACGGAGAACGAACGCGUCCCGUUUACUCUAAAACAAAGUAAGAUAACACCUAUCUCCUUUAUUGAAACCAUGUAAUUCCUAUUGGAAACAAGAAUAAGAGAACAGAAACAAAACAACAAAUCUAAUUUUAUUUAUCUCUAUGAUUUUAAGUAUUUCUCUGUAACUUAAGAUUUGAAAGAAAAUGCAAACAAGACCCCCUAUCCCCCCAAAACUCAUGUAUAUUGAGAAAUGUACACAAGAAAUGGAAAAGAAGAAGAAAAACAUGUUUUCCCUCGAGAGAAGUGUAGUAGUGAUUUAUAAUGAAAUCCAUGUUGGAUUGGAAAACACUCUAUAACAACUAUAAACUAUAAGAAUUUUAACGUAUUUCGAAAAUAAAAACAAAACACAACAACAAAUCCCAGAA